AUGACAACUCCAUUACUCAAGGCUAAUUAUAAUCAUCAUUCAUCAAAUACCAUGACUGGCUCUGGCUCUCCUUGUGGAGCCUGCAAGUUCUUAAGAAGGAAAUGUGUAAAAGGAUGUGUGUUUGCCCCAUACUUUUGCCAUGAACAAGGAGCUUCACAGUUUGCAGCCAUUCACCAAGUUUUCGGAGCCAGCAAUGCUUCUAAAUUGCUCUCUCAUCUACCCAUGGAAGAACGAUGUGAAGCCGCCAUUACAAUCUAUUAUGAAGCUCAAGCUCGCCUCCAAGACCCCAUAUAUGGCUGCGUUUCUCAUAUAUUUUCCCUCCAACAACAAGUUGUGAAUUUACAAACACAGCUAGAGAUUCUAAGACAACAAGCAGCACAAAGCAUGAUGGCAGUUGAUUCCCCAUCCAUAGAAAACCCUAAUUAUUAUCGAGACACUAAGCCUACACAUCUUCAAGAAUCUCAAGCUCUAUAUCAUCCCCAUAAUAAUCAUCAUCAUGACAGAAGUUUGGAGAUAGAGCCCAACUCCGACUUAAAGAAUAUCAUGAUGAGCACUUACUCUGAAUCAGAUCAACAGUUGAACACUUUUAAUCAGUAUCAUCAUGGCUGCAAUGAUAUUCUAUCCGCGAGUUUCGGGUACAUCUCGUACUCGUGAUGAGUUUUGUGGAGAUAUGGAAUAUCAUGAUCAAGAAGCGAAAUAAUUAAUAUAUAAUUAAAUCUUAUAUAUAUUAGUUUAUCAUGAAUGAAAUAUUUUUGUUUAAUUUA